AUAAAGCCGCACCUUCAGGUUUUUGACUUGAGUUCGGUUUAUCGGCUCAAAACGUUUUCGUAUUUUCUUGCUUUUUGCACGAAUCUGCCUGCGAAAAGUGGUCGAAAAGGCCGAGGGAAAGAUGACUGAAUAUAAGCUCGUCGUUGUCGGAGCUGGCGGUGUGGGGAAAAGCGCUUUGACAAUUCAGCUAAUACAAAACCAUUUUGUUGAUGAAUACGAUCCCACAAUAGAAGAUUCAUACAGAAAGCAAGUAGUUAUAGAUGGAGAAACUUGUUUAUUGGAUAUCCUUGACACUGCUGGACAGGAGGAAUAUAGUGCAAUGAGAGAUCAAUAUAUGCGGACAGGGGAAGGGUUUCUAUGCGUGUUCGCGAUAAAUAAUGUAAAAUCUUUCGACGACGUACAUCAAUACAGAGAACAGAUAAAGAGAGUGAAAGAUGCCGACGAAGUUCCUAUGGUUUUGGUAGGCAAUAAAUGUGAUUUACCGACACGAAACGUGAGCAGUGAAAGUGCAAGAGAGUUGGCAUCAAGCUUCAGCAUCCCAUUCAUAGAAACAUCAGCAAAAACGAGACAAGGAGUCGACGAAGCAUUCUACACUUUAGUACGAGAAAUACGAAAAGAUAAAGAUAGGAAAGGCCAGAUGAAACCGAAGCCAAAGAAAAAGAGAAAAUGCAUCAUUUUAUAAGACAAAUGCAACCGUCAUGGCAGACAUUUAAACUGUGAUAUAGUACAAAGAAAUGGUAUACAGCAUAUUUUGGCGAUUUUUUCAUGGAAACGGCCAAAUUUGGCUUAUUAUGCCGCCGCAUUUACUUAGAAUUUUUCAAUUUCAUCCGAAAAAUUUCCCCCCAAAAUCAUAGUCAUGUGAUUAUAGAUGGAUUGGGUAUGUUUUGCUUGUAUCCAUUCUCAGAAAAAUGAAUUUUUUAUUUUGUUUUUCGGCUGAAAUUUGCCCGAAAAUAUUUGUGUGCGAUGACAAUUUAGUAAAUGUAUUUACAAUUAGUUUGAGGUGUGCAGAUUAGUUUAAUUAGCUGUGACUAAUUUUGGGUGUGCUGGUUAGCCUAAUUAGCCAUAGCUUGUUAGACUAAUUGGUUGUCUUCGAUAUUGAAUAGGUAUUGUACUAAAUGUAGCUAAAUUAGAACAUGCAAAUUAAUGGUAGAUCAUUAUAUAUUACGUACAUGUACACAUGAUUAUAUCUGACAAUUUAGGUUAA